AUGGCGAAGAACCUCGACACCCUGAUCGAAUUCCUGGUUGGCGAGAUCGCAGCGCAAUUCCAAGGAUUGACGAUCAAUGAAAUUGCGACGUCGAUUUCUACUUUCUAUGCGGAUCCUGCGGACGAGCUGGGAUCGGACUCGGCUUCGGGGUCAACAAGCACAAACCGACAGGUCACCGUCGACCGAGCACUCCUUUCAAAGGUCUGGUUAUGGCUAGGUCGACACCCCGACGUGUUGAUCGGGGACAAUGGGCGCUACAACAAGACUCCGUUGGCUCAGGUCGAGUCAGAGUUUCCAGGAUACGUCGACUACAGUCGUAUAGGCAGCAAGCCUCCGGCUGGGGGUGAGCCCAGUCCAGGUGAUUCACGCCAUGUCAGCGCUGCAAUUGAGGAGCAACCGAAGACCCGGAGAACGCAGCCUACUGAAGGUCCACGAGUCCGUCUCAAGGAAGAACGACUCUACCAGGCAAUAUGUGGACAUGCUCCAGAUCCCAGAAGGGUUCCGCCUCUGGAGUUCGAGCUGCUGACAUACAUCACGGCGACAAGAUCCGACGGGAUCCUUCAGGGAGAACUUAUCAGAUUAUCUGGACAGGACAAGCGCUCUGUACCGAAGCGAACUGAUGCGUUGCACAGCAAGGGCUACAUAGUCAAGGAAGCCGUCUUCUACAGAGGCAACCGGACCAGUCGUUUGACGUUGAAGAAGUUUGCGAAAUCCCCUGCAGUGGACGCCGACUUAUCCCAACGCCAGGGAACCAAGUUGCGACACGUCGUCCGGAGAAUCUUUGACAUCCUGACAAGCCACACUCUUCUGCCUCAAAGCAGGCUGGCAGAGGAAUUGAAUCUCCAGUCCUCGGCCAAGUCGGCCGUGCUUCAGAAAAUCAUUCGACGGCUCGAAAAGCUCAAAUUGGUCAAGCGGGUGCGAACAGCAGUCGGCCCGUCUGCGACCUCUGGUGACUUGCAGCAUUUUGUGCAGCUUCUGCGCCAUGCCGGGCCGGAAGAUGUUGAGAAUUUCGACACCGAGCAUUUGUCAUUGGACCAGACGCUCGAAGAAUUGGCUACUGGAGCAGACCUAGAAUGUCUUCCUUACACCAACCUUGCAGAAUCUCCGGCAGCUGCUGAGGGUGAAGAGUCCUUGCAACCGCCGCCUAAAUCUGCAGCAUGGAACCCGGACCGCUUGAUGUCUAACAUACUGGUGGAAGCAGUUCAAUCCGCUGGUAGACAUGGUCUCUCUAAUUACGAUGCGCGGCGUAUGAUCACAGGCGAUUUUGUGCGCCGUCAGCUGGAAGCCCUCCUCCACCGUGUCUCGUGCGAGUCAUUAGUUGUCCAACCGCCACAUCUUCGGCACCUUGCUAUUAUACGUCACGCUGUAACAGAGGACGGUAUUACAAGAUGGGUACACUACUCAUGGAACGAGUUCAAGCAGCAUGCCGCAGAGACAGGCAUUAACAUAACGGCAAUUCCAGGUGCUAAGCAGGCACUCAAAUCUUCGAGGCAAGACGAGUCCAACACCCAGGAGGAUGGUGCGGUUGAACAAUCCUCCGGCGUCGACGAGUUUGGCUUUCCUGUGCAGAACUUGUUGCCGCUCCAGGUCAAGGGAGGCGAGACGACCUUCUCGAGCCUUGUCCGAGCGGCUGCGGCAGGAGACGUCGCACCACGAAGAGGAGAGUUAGUCAUCGCUAAGAGGGGAACACAACUUGCCCUAGACAUGCGCGAUGAGCUGCCGGCCUUGCCUCACACCUCGGAUCGACCAUCUCAUCGAAAAGCAAGAUCUCAAGCGCCCUCAAAUCGGAAGACAGUUACCAAUGAGAAUGUUGAAACCCCUCUCGGCCGUCCUCGCAAGUACAUGCGAGGUACAGAAAAAUUCUGGCGUCUGCAAUUCAAGCAGGCUAGACUCGGUGCCGGCCACGGCAGGGGCACUGUAAAGAGGGGAAAUAUGAGAGAUCCAGUUGCCAAAGCGUUGUACGCCGCUCGUCCUGCGGACUUCGAUCAGACAUUGGUGAAAGCUCUGGACGCCAAAUUGCCGGUCCCUCUCAGUGCAGAUGAGAUAGGCGAGGAUUGGAUCACUUCGACAAGAGCCAUCCUCGAUCGCUCGUCGGAAGGCGUCUAUAUGUCUCCGACCGGCUUGCGUUGGGACAAUUUUGGAAAACUUUCUCGUGUUAUGAUUGUCAAAACACCACGCCUGGCCUCGCUUGAUCUUUUUGACAGAAACGAGGUUCAUCCGUGGCAACACUGGCCAUCCAGCGCAUCACACAGCUUCGCGUACCGGCGAUACUACCCGAGACUAGCAGUCCAGGCACGUCGUCCUCCACGCCCACCAAUCAACCCGAAGCAUGACACGGGGGCGAAGUCUGGCGGAACGCCCAAGCAGAAGACGCCAGGGCCACGCUUGGGUAUAUUCCAUGAUAAUGCAGCGGAGGCAGCAAGGCUUUCCUGUGUUGUCGAAAACCCUAUCCGACCCGAUGUCCCAGUCGACUCAACGAAGAACUCAGCGAGUGAACAGCGAGACCUUCUACAGGAGCACCAUAAUGCUGGAGAAAGAGCUUCCCCGCCUGUCGCUGCGGUUGAGACUAUCUCCGGCGAACAGAACCAGAACAGCGCUGGUCACAAUGGUAGCAUACCCGACAAGAACAGCACUCCGGAAUUGCCAACCACGCCGAAAGCCAGAAGUGUUCAGAGAUCCCCUGUUAGAUCAUCCCGAAAGCGUAAGCUAACAGAAAAAGCCAGCCAGACGUUGGAGAGUGGGCAACUUAGGAACAUACGCCAGUCCCCUGAGACAAGAUCAAUGCCCUCCGAAGGCUCUACUAUCGAGCAGGUCAUGGACGACAUGGAUGUCCCCGAAAACAGCCUCGUAUCUCCGACCGGCAUCGUGGCAGCUGCUACUUCACCAAUUCCUUCUUUGGAGGCCCCGCUCCCUGACGAACCUGCAGAAGUACAGGUUCACAGUAACGCCUCUGGGACUCGACCUCUCUCGGCGACUCCCACCAACUUAUCCACGCCAAGCUCGCGAAAGGACACAGGUGAAAAUCCUAUAGCUGAGGUAUCACAGAUACCAACAAAACAAAAACGUAACAGCGGGGCCCUUGGUUUGUGCCGCAAGAUCGCACUGGAGCUCGUUAAGAUGACGGCUGGAGCUGUACCGAAUGAUCCUAUCACGUUGAGGCGUAUCUCAGUCGCCCGAUGGCAGGAAGCUGGCGAGGAGGACAGGCCUUUGCUUAAGACCAUGAAGGCGGCAAUCAAGUCACUCUGUGAGUUGGGCAAAUUGAGGUCAGUUACAUUCAACUUCCCAGGCAAGUCCACCACGAUGGUCAAAGGUUCAGUCAUCUUCCUGCCGAGUAUCCACCCCGAGUCUCAAUUAGUUGAAGAUGUCAAGCAGUCAAUCAAAGACGCCCAUCCUGUUGAUUACAUCCCACUGGAAUGGAUUGCAGAGGGAAACCGUCCACCUCUUUUCAAUAAGAAUGCCCCAAGCAGAGGCCGCGAACUCGACGAUGAGGUGCAAGCGCCUGCAGCCAGGAGACUGCGGACACCUUCAAUCGACACCGAGGAGAGGCCAGCCAAGCGACAACGACGAGCUUCUUCCGCCGCAACGGAUCCAACGCUUGUUGCUUCUGUGUUUGAUGCACGCACUAUGGAUCAAUCGAAGCCACCACUUGAACCAACACCAGCGACUGCUGCAACAGGCUUCCUGACACUGAAAGUACCCUCUCUUGGCUCACACCCCGCUUAUCAGCUCCAUACCUGGCGAACCACAUGCCCGGUCAUGGCCUUGCUGUCCGAUGCCUCGUACAGAAACCCUUGGAGGCCGAAGAGUGUGAAAGUAAAGACACGUCGAAAGAAGACAGGGAACGGAGGAUCCCAGUUGCCUAGUAAAUACCUUCUCUGGAGGAACUUCCCUUCGUCACUGGAUGACAUUCUACAGCUUCCCGGUCUGAAACUUGACUUUGGACAAUUUGUAUCAGAGAGUUUGGGUCGAAAUUGGGAACGCUUUGCAUGUGAGGUUGAAGGUGUCCGUGCCUGGGAAGAACAGCAACCAGAGUCUGCGACUGCGACGAGAUCUCAAUACGGCUUCAUCAACCACGUCAUCCCGGAAGCGUUCUACACUGAAGCAGAUAUUCCUGCGAAGGUGAACUUCGAAGCCCUUGUCCACUUCGACGAGGGUGGCAGGGAACUGCAAAGUGCACAUCCGCCUGCAGUAUCAUUGCCGCUAUUCGUGGAUGCCUUGCGUGCUUCGCCUGAAACAGCUUCUCGGAUUGCCGGGUUAGAUGCUUUGGCCCUGCAAACAAUGCCGCCUCCACCGCCUCCGGACGCUACUCAACCGCCUCGUGGUCCCCGACGGACCAGUCGAGUCCCCAAACGAAAGAUGACCGAGGACAACGUCUUCUUUGACUCCGAACUGGAUGCUGCACUAGAACCCGCAACAACGCGACGCAGGAAAGCGCUGGAGGCUUCGAAGAAGGCAUCUGCCGCCAGCGCUCUGAAGCGCAAGACUCUCUCAGGCCUUGCCGCUGCCGCUCGGCGGCUCACUCGAGGCGAGAGAUGGACUCAGGACAUGUCAGAAGACCGAAUCCAGCGGAUUACCGUGGCCGUUGUCGUCGUCCGCGCACUCGCCGGCGGAACUGAAGGCACCAUCGACUGGUCGAUUGUGAUGACGCUAUUUCCCAAAAGCAAAGAAAUUUUCAUCAGGUCUAGCUGGGAAACUCUAUCAAGCAGGCGCAGUCCAUUCAUUCAGGCUCUUGCUGAAGAAUUCCAAUGCAAGUAUAUCGAAGCCCUAGAGUCGGGCAAGGCUCCGUCCGUCGAUCUGGAGCAUCUCAAUGCCACAGACUGGUCCGCCGUCGUCGAAUGGGGCCUCAAGAACCUGGACAACUCUGGCGUGAAGCACAUUGCAGAGUUCACGGAACUCGAACUUCCUGAAAAGCGGGACGAUUUCUUGAACGAUUAUGGUCUAAUGUUCGAUGAACCCAUGCAGUACUACAGUUCGGCAUCACGCCCCUCAGCCCCAGCUAGAGACGAAAUUGGCAGAUCCUCAAUUUUCGGUGUAGACUACACGUCCUUAACUCGGUCAGCUUUCCUCCACUGUCAUCCGCCUUGCGAAACGCAGCUCGGCAACAACGCAGAUCUCCACGUCGCCAAAACCUGGGUCCUGUCUGCGGUCCUUUGCCCUUCUUCGACAUUCAAUCCCUCUCUCGCUCACGCUAAGCUAUCAACCCUGUCCUCAACUCCUAUGGCCUGUGAACGUCUUCUCGGACAGGCGUUGAGACUUCUCGAAGAUGCAAAAAUCGUCCAGCGAAUACCACAGAGACGUCAAGUCAGCUCCCGUGACCCAAGCGGCAUGCGCGCCUGGGAAGCUCAUCCUGGAUUCCUGAGCCGCUUUGAGGCGCUUGGGCUGGUUUCGCCAGAGAUGCUCCAUGGGGCAAUCGAGUUCAAGCGUGAGAUUUUGGACUCUGCGUUUGCAGUGGGGGGCGCGGUCAUGCUGGAGAAACAUGAAGCGCUCCCGGCCACGGACAUGUUCGCGGUGCUGAAUCUCCUGGCACAGGGGCAAAUAGAAAUACGCCCAGGCCCGGACGUGCCCCGUGCCAGGUAUGGCAUUGAUCAUGACAAGGUGGGAUAUCGGACGAGAGAUAUGGACAAGCAAGCCUUGGGAUUUGGAGUUGAACUCCGCCCUACAAAGAAAUAUGUCCUUGGUGAUCCGGUGGUCCGCGGGAGGAGAAUACCCAUCCCUACAGGUGAGGCUGAUGGAGAGAGAAGAGCAAUUCCACCUUGGUUGGAUAUCCACGGCAAUGUGAAUAUGCAGAUGUGGGAGAUUUUCCUCGCAGGGGUGAUGGGCUUGGUAGCCCAAAUGCCUGGGAUAUCAGCAAGGCAUGUUUCCAGAGCUUUUGGGAAUGCGCCGGAGAUGGCGGAAGUGGAGAUGAUCCUUGGGUGGGCUGAGAGGGGUGGGUUUGUGAAGGUGAAUGAGAGGACACGGGGAUAUCAGACAGCCGAGUGGUGGUGGAUGUGCAUUGACAAGGCUGCACCGGCGGCGGCGUGA